GGGGGAGGGAUAGAAAGAAAAGAACGAGAGAGAGUGGGGGGAGAGUCUCGUCUCGACUCGUUCGUAUAAUCAAGUGGUUUGAUAUGAAACUUGGUUGUGUGGUCAUGGUGGUCGCGAAGAGGGCUUGAAAGCAAACCAGACGAAGCUGCUCAGUGCUAGAAAUACCAACUUCCAACCAAUCAAUAUAGAAGAGGCCCCCUUUUUUUUUUUUCUUUCGUCAUCGUUUCCUUUCUCUUUCUUUCUCUGUAUCUGUAAAUAUUCGUCGCUUAUCGGUUUCUUCUUGCUUUAAUCGAUGAAUAGAUUCGACUGGGUUUCGCCUCUGCUCGAGCUUCGAAAAGGGUUUGGGUAAUAUUUGCUGGAAGCUCCAUUUUAUUCUCUAGGCUUUUACAUGUACAAUGUGAUUUUGUUUUAUUUUGAAUGAUGAUGAGCUUGUCCAGUAAACGUAUCACAACCAACAAUGCGAGACUAAAUACACCAAGUAAAACUACAACUUUAAAUCCAAAUGCUACAGAAUUCAUUCCUUAUGCUCUUAGGAGUCCAUCUGGAACCACCGGUUUUACAGAUGCAUCAGCUAGGCUUGAUGGCUCAGCAACAUCUGGAAAAGCAGUGUUAGAUCGGUCAGAAUCCAGUGCUUCAAAUAACUCCGAUGAUGAGGUCCACCAGUACUGGCGGCACCAGCUUCCUGAUGAUAUUACUCCAGACUUCAAGUUCACAGAAGAAGAUGAUUUGCAAGGGCCAGGGAGCUUCUCCCUUACUGGCUUGUCCAUAACUGAUGAGGAUGACACCUCAAGUUUUUCUGCAUCCACAGGCAGUAGCCAGAUGUUGAACAAGAUACAGGAAUUGUCUUCUUGUGGCAUUGAUGGUAAAAACACGGUUAAGAAUAUGAGAUAUUUAGUCCCAUCAUAUGGGGAAGAUCAAUCAACUGCUUUCACAAAUUUACCCGCUUAUCCUUGGGAAAAGCAAUUCAUUAAUGGUGAUCAGCACAUCAGAAAUGGAAAUGGAGAGUUUCCUUACAGUGGGCACUCCAGUGUUGGAUUUCUAAAUCAUGCGUUAAGUAAUCACAUGGUUUUGAGUGAUUCUGACCUGAAUCCUGUGGAGUUUUUGGCUUUGCAGUUCCCUGGUUUUGCUGCUGAAAGCCUUGCAGAAGUCUACUAUGCAAAUGGGUGUGACUUGAACCUAACUAUUGAGAUGCUCACUCAACUUGAGCUUCAAGUUGAUAGUGGCUUGAAUCAGAACCUUAGCUCAAAAACCUCAUCAGCUCCAAACCUCAGUGCGCUGGACUUCCCUGCACUUGCUGUCUCAACUUGUCAAAAUGGUCCAUCAAAGUAUUCAGCAAACGCUAUAGAAGAAACUACAAAUCCAUACCAAUCAUCUGACAAGGAUAAUAUUCUUUUAUUCAAGUCCAGCUAUUCCACAUCAUCUAGAGGUGCUACAGAUUUUGCUUCAGCUGUCAGAAAAUUGGCAUCUCAGGAUUCUGGUGAAUGGAAAUAUGAGAAAAAUGGUUCAAUGCACACCAAUGUUGGUUCAAGUAAAAGUUCCCUUAUCCUAUCUAGCUCUUACAGUGGUGGGCACGGAAAGUCCACUUAUGGUGAUAGGUUACAAAAUCAUGGUUCGGCACGGGCUGCUCCUGUUUGGCUUGAGACUGGAGAAGCAGUUGCAAAUAUGUAUUCUGAGCUGAGGGGGGAAGCACGUGAUCAUGCACGCCUUCGUAAUGCAUGCUUUGAACAGGCCCGACAAGCAUAUCUUAUUGGCAACAAGGCUCUUGCAAAAGAAUUAAGUGCAAAAGGACAGCUGCACAAUGCGCAUAUGAAGGCAGCUCAUGAAAAAGCCCAAGAAGCUAUCUACAGACAAAGGAACCCGGUUUCUCCAGAGUUCCAGGGCUAUAGAAGGGGACAAGAGCAGAUGAUAGACCUUCAUGGACUCCAUGUAAGUGAAUCCAUUCGUGUGUUGAAGCAAGAGCUUAGCAUCUUGAGGGCUGCGGCCAGGUCCAAUGAACAGCGCCUGCAGGUCUAUAUUUGUGUUGGAACGGGCCAUCACACCAAGGGUUCCCGCACUCCAGCAAGGCUUCCUGUUGCUGUGGAACGAUACCUUCUUGAAGAGGAGGGCCUUGACUACACAGAGCCUCAGCCAGGGCUGUUGCGAGUUGUGAUAUAGUUCAGGGACAUGACACAGUUAUGUUGUAGGAGUUUUUGAUACAAUCAGAAUGACCAAUCCAUCAUUGUCGACUUCAUUCUUGUAUGUGUACAUGGGAAAAGGAAGAAGAGAAAUAGAGAAGCAAAAGCCUGAAAAGAGAACUGAAAAAUUUAAGAAAAAGGGGGGGAAUGCAAGGAAAAGAGGAGGAACUAUUGUUAAGGUUUAUGGUGGCGGGGUGACUAUCACGUCACAUUUUGGAAGUCUUGGGGCGAGUAUCCACAGGCAGUUCUCAAUUCUAUCCUUUUUUUUCUUCUACUGUUUAUUUAUUUUCUUCUUACAAACCCCCUCCCCCUCCAAAAAAAACACACCCAGUUGUAAGCCUGUUACUCAGAGAAGUGAUGUACAUGAUAUCUUAAUGCAGUAGCUUGGUUUCACUCGAUGCGUCAUCCGAUGGGUGGCUAGGCUGAAAAUAUUCAGUAGGUUUUAAAGGGUACUGUUACGAAUCAUAUCAUAUGUUUUUCUAA